CGGGCGACCUCUCUCAAAUCUCAGAUCCCUCUCUCUCUCUCUCUCUCUCCCGCCGUCCCUCUACGCGUUCGCAGCUCCCCUCUUCUGCCUCGGCCGGGUCGUCCUAGCCUUCAGUCACCGGCCACCACUGCACCUCGCCGUCGGUUCCUGCGCAUCCAGAAGUCUCCGGCGUCUCCGCUCUCGGGUGAAAGAAAAUGCCACUGGGGUUGAUCUUAGGCUUAGGACGGGCAUUUCGAAGAAAGCGGACGUCAUCCCUUGACAUUCUCUCUUCAAAGAGGGCUCCACGUGAUUACUACAAGGGGAAGAACUGCAAGCCCACUGGAUUCCAUACCCGCAAAGGUGGAUAUGUUGUGAUGAAUGAAAAGCUUCCAAAUUAUGUAGUUCCAGAUUUAACUGACUUCAAGCUAAAGCCAUAUGUCUCACAGUGCCCAAGAGAAGUUAAAACUAUGGAUGCAGCUGAUGCAGCAAAAUAAUUCAAACCAUGUAAACAUAACUAUAAUCCCCCCUUUCUAUGCUGGCGAUUUUGUGAUAAACUAGCAUGAGUAGUUCUGAGAAAUAUAGAUCAAUUUGGAUGUUACCUCGCAGAUUAUUAAUUGUAUGAACAUGUUUAGUACUUAAUAAUUUACACAGCUGUCUGCCUGUCA